GAGGAGGAGGCGGCUCGUUUCCUAUUUCCGGUAGAGGGGGUGGAGGCGCUUUCUGAGGCUGGUGAUGGGGUCUUUCUCUUCCUCCUCCUCCAAGUGCGAGAGAGGGACUGUGCACGGAAAGGCGUCUGGGCAGGGUGGACCACCUCUGCUUUGUAACUUUUGAGUAAAUCGGCUCCUAAGGCAGUAGAACAGAAUGGGAAAGGAGGCGAUGUUCUAAUAAUCUUCGAUUCACGGGUCUUGUUGAGAGUCUCCUCCGGUUCGGUAUAAGCUCGGUCUCGUUACUCAGUCGCCCAGAAAUCAUAACGUCUAAGAUUACUGCAUAUUCUCUUAUAAUUCAAUUAUUGCAGAUCACUCUGUUCUCCUACUGACCUUACCGCUUCCCUCUUUUUUUGUGCCCUCCAGCCUAAAUGAUGUCACAAAUAUUGCCUAAUUGAUCAGAAUCUGUCUGGAUUUCUGCUGUACUCAAGUUUUAGUGUAAACUCAGUUCAAAGAAGAAACUAUGCAGCGAAGGCCCAAAGCAUUAAAUACUGGAGUGCUUUUGCUCCUUUCUCAGCUUUAUCAAGUUGGGUUUCACAACAUUCCACCUGUCACGCUUGCAACCUUGGCAGUGAACAUUUUCUUUUUUCUACGACCCCUGAAACCUCUGGACGAAGCAUGUAUUAGUGUCAAUCGGUGUCUUUACAAAAAGGACUGGCAUCGUUUGUAUCUUUCAGCAUUUCACCAUGCAGAUGACUGGCAUCUAUAUUUUAAUAUGGCCUCCUUGCUUUGGAAAGGAAUUAAAUUGGAGAACAGACUUGGAACUAAGUGGUUUGGAUAUAUAAUUGCACUGUUUUCACUACUUGUGGGAGCUGUAUACCUAUUUCUGGAAGCUAUACUGGCCGAACUUCUUGGUGAUCCUUUAUAUGAACAUCACUGUGCUGUUGGUUUUUCUGGAGUGCUAUUUGCUUUGAAAGUUCUUAAUAACUAUUACCAUCCAGGGGGAUCAACCAAUAUUAUGGGCCUGAAUGUAUCUAAUAAAUACUCUUGUUGGUUGGAACUUCUAGCAAUCCAUAUAUUAAACCCACGGAGUUCUUUUGCAGGACAUCUGGCAGGUAUUCUUGUUGGCCUAAUGUACACUAUGGGACCCCUAAAGAUUUUCAUGACAGCAUGUGCAGGUGGCUAUGUAUUUCCAACUGGCUUUUCAGAACAAAGGAACAAUUACAGAACAGGGAAUUUUAGAUACUCAGGUAAUCCAUCCUAUCGAGCAAACAACUAUGAUACGUAUACUGGUGGACUCACUGAAGAAGAACAAUUGGAAAGAGCAGUAAAUAAUAGCUUGAGAGAAAGAGGCAGCAAUACAAGGCAUUACACCAGCGAAAGGAGGCCAUAUGGCUUCUGGCUUUCACCAGAAGAACUAUCAGUUGAGGAACUCAGAAGGCAAAGACUUAAUAGAUUGGAGAGGUGGCAGUAGUCUUAAAGUAUAUAUAUAUAUAAAGGGCUCUUCCCAGCUGUCAAAACAUGAUGAAUAUUGUUCAUUUAAGCCAUUUCAAUUUCACAAAAUAUAUUUCAUGGAGGCUAUCUGAAGCUAUUUGUGAGUGAAAAAGAUGAACGUGUUUGGCUCAUAUACUACCAAAUUUAAAACUGAAAUGCAAACUAAACAUCUUAAAAAUUCACCACACCAUUUAAAAUUCUAUCGCUACCGUGUGUGUGUGUGUCUUUAUAUAUAUAUAUAUACACACACAAACACACAUGCACAUAUACUUUACUAACUUGAAUAAAAGUUUACAGAAUGAAAAUUAGGAUUAAACAUAAUUUGGUCAGGUCAUUGAAAUGUGUGACCUAUGAUUAUAGCACUUUUAUGAUCUCCAGAAAUUACUGAAAUUGAAGAUAAAUGUUUUUCUACAAGUUGCACAUUUAAUAUGACAAUAUCCUACAAUUUUUAGUAUAGAUGAAGCAAUGGCGUAACAUGAUCAUGUAGCUAUAAUUGUAGCUAAUUAUUUUUGUAUACAAGGAGAUGUAUUUGUAUUUUUCUAUUAUGCUAAAGAAACUGAAGUUUGAAAACUUUGAAUUCUUCCUUCAGUUUCAUUUGAAAUAAAUUUUGGAAUUCACAUUAAUUAAUUUGGAUGCAGUCCAUUAAGCCUUAUUAAUUUUAUUUUAUAAGAAACAGCAACAGUAUAGCUUACUACAUUUUAGCUAUGAUGAAUUUGUAAAUAUAAAUUAUUUUGAUGUCUAUCUUAUAUAUUACAACUAAUAUUUUGUGGAGGGGGGGAAAGCAAAUUGGGAGCUUUGCCACAGCCAUAAAAUAUUCCAUGUAAUUAUUUAUCAUCAGACAUUAUGAUUUGUGACUUAACUUCUUUUAAUUUUUUAAAAAACUCCCCACUUCACAUUUCAGUUUAUAUGAAGUAUUUUUUCUUAAACCAUUGUAAUAUUUUCUACUUGAGACCACCCAGUGCCUUCCCCAAUAAAGUGUAUAUUAAAAAUCAUAAGUUUAAGUUUUUUGAAUAUUUUUUGAACUUUUAUAAUAUUUUCAAUGUUCAUAGUAUUGUUUUCUCCAUACUUUGUUAAUGAACCAUCAAUGAGCUGCAACUGAGCUCUGUUGUUGCAACCUGGUUAUUUACAUCUUAUUUAGUGUCUAAGGCAGAUUAUCUCAUGCUGAUUUUGAGCUUCAGAACAGGCACCAGAAUUGAUCAUGGCUCUUCCACAAUAUGCUUCAAGAUAUGCACAGAGGCUAUACUUUUGGGCAGUGAGCUUUGGGCUCAUGGAGGAACACCUUACAGAGAAGCAAUGAGAUGUGAAUGAAUUUCCUCAAUGCUUCCCAGUGUCCAUUGUGUUUCUAGAUUUUAACAUCAGACAAAAAGUUUGUCUGAUUAAAACUCAAAUUGCAUUAUUUUAAAAGCAAUACAAUUCUUAAAAAAAACCUUGAGUCCUAAUUAAGGCAUUUUAAUUUUAAGUAUAAAAUAGGAAGUAUAUUGAGUAUUGCUAGAUUUUCAGUUUGAAAUUAAACUGAAAAACAGCCAUGAAAUACUUUGUAUUUAAAGUAGGAGAUAGUACUUCAGUAACUGCCUAUGCACUGAUUGUUGAAGUUACCAUGGGAACAGUACAUUUCUCAUGAUAUUGGUGUAUAAGGCUAGAAUAAAUUGUCAAAACUGCACAAACAUCCAGGGUGACUCCAUUUUGCAUGAAAACAAUAUGCAGGAUUUUUUUUUACAUUUGUUGUGAGAUACAAGUUUAUUUCAUGCCUUUGUAUUGCUACUGUUUUGCAAAAUAAAGUUCAGGAAUUUAUUCCUCCCUACCCUCCGACAAAAUGUUAUAUGAAAGUUCUAUGAGUUGAAUGGCUUACUGUUAAUUGGUGAUAAUGCAUUUAAUAAAGUGGAUAUAUUAUCAAUUGA